AUGGAAAAUCCACAAAUUAACAAUACUAAUAAUAAUAAUGAUAUUAAUAAUAAUAAUGAUAUUAAUAAUAAUAAUAAUGAUGAUGAUGAUGAUAGUGAUGAUAAUAUAAAAACAAAUACAUUACUCUUAGACUACCAUACGAAAAAUGAUACUGAUAGCAAUGCAACUAACAAUGAUAACAAAGACACCAACAGUGAUAAUGAUAAUAAUAAACAACUUGAUCAAGAAAUGCAGGAUAUUAAAUCAAUUAAUGAAAAUAAUGAUAAAUAG